GUUUCCGCAAAGCUUCUGUCGUCAUUCUUACGCGCAACACUGUCGGCACGGUACGUUCCCGGUGAUCACCAAGAUGCACGUCCUUGCGCUGUCCUUCCUCGUCGUCCUGCUGCCCCGUCUGGCGCUUGUCAGCGGUAGCAGCGUACAGUUCAACCUCUCUUCUGAGACGGACAUCAUCGAGGCCAGCCGCUCCAUUUCCAUGUCGGCCUUUCCCCUGGCGCUAGCACUCGCCGGUCCAGCCGUCGCCGUGGCCCUGGGCACGCUCAAGCCCGUCCUGCUGGCGCUGGGACUCCUCUACUUGGCGCUGUUUGGCCUCGCGCACGUUCCCGUGGUCGGCGAGCUCCUUCAGGCCAGCUUGCGCGCCUUUAGCUCUGUAGUCCUGGAAAGCAUGUCUCCUGACCUGGGACGUGAGCUGCUUCGCGUGGUGGGUCUGGACACCGAAGCCUGCCGCACCCGGGCAGUGUGCGAGAUCACCGAGGACGCCGUUCGAAAAUACCCGACGGUCGCGGCCAUGUUGCGAUCCCUCACCGGAGCCGUCCAAGCCCACGGGAACAACGAGAGUCUGCUCAAGGGGCUACUGGGCGGACUGUCCGGCCUCGGCUGCGAGUCGCUCUACUCGACGUGUUCUCAAUCGCCAUUGGGCAGGUUUCUCAAGAACACGUCGUAAAUAUUGUACAGAAAAGAAAAGCUAUAGGUUCUUCCAAUUUAGACACUUUUAAAUAAAAACGAUUUUAGCUCC